AUGGCGCCGGUCGCUCCUUUCCUCCUCUCGUUGCUCGCAGUCGCUGGUGUCGCCGAGGCUGGGCCUCUCCAGCCUGGCAGACACAUGGCUCCGGCUGUGUACAACAAGGGGCUUGCUGGACACGCUCGACGCGAGUUCCACAAGCUCAUGGCGCGGUACUAUGGUGAUUCCCAGGGGAUGACUAAACCCCCACCUCUUAUCGAGCGUCGAGCCAACAACAUGCCCGCCGACUGGACGUCGAUGGGGUGCAUGAACGAGUCAUGGAACCAGCGGUUGCUCGAGGGGUCCUCCUUCUCGUCAAACAAGAUGACCCCGACGCUGUGCAUGACUCAAUGUCAGAAGCGGGGCUUCCAAUACGCCGGAACACAAUACGUCGACGAAUGCUACUGCGGUAACACCUUUGUCGGAUCGGGCGGUCAGUCUCAGCCAGACGCGGCGUGCAGCAUGGCCUGCAAGGGAGACGCAUCAGAGAAGUGCGGAGCGGCUUGGUUCCUCAACGUCUACAAAUACACUGCCUCGGUCUCCGCCAACUGCACCACCCCUUCCCUCCCCGCCGCCUCGGUGUCCGGAACAGCCACCACUGCCUCCCCCAUCCCCUCCCCCACCAGCACCCUCCCUGCCCAGAACAGCACCGUCCCCGUUCACAACAGUACCGACAGCUCCGAGUGGUACGCCCACGGUUGCGCUGUCGACGCCAAUCCUCGUAUCCUCAACGAGUUCUCCAACACCGCCAUGGCCAACAUGACCGUCGACUCGUGUCUCAAUCUUUGCGAGGAGAAGGGCUUCUCGUUCGCCGGUGUCGAGUACGGAGAGCAGUGCUACUGUGGCUCCAAGCUCCCCGCUAGCAUUAAGUACGCGGAUAUCUGCCAGCUUCCCUGCAAGGGGAAUGCCAAGGAGACGUGCGGCGGAUUUUGGGCGAUGGAGGUGUUUGAGUUGAUGAAGGCUGGUGCGGAUUGCCCGGUUCAGGUCCCCGCGGUGACCAACAUUGGUAACAACAACAUCGUCAUCCCUGCUCCUACCGCUACCGUCUCCCCUGCCCAGACCACACCCCUCAAUCCCGCCAAGACCACCACCUCCUCCAUCGUUGCGCCCGCACCUACCGCUCAGCCCCCUAGCGCCUCCGGGGACCGCCAGGUCUGGGCCCACCACAUGGUCGGAAACACCUACCCGUACACCCAGGCCAACUGGCUCGUCGAUAUUCGCGCUGCAUCCGCACAGGCCAUCGACGGGUUCGCCUUGAACCUCGGACACGAGUCAUGGCAGGUCGACCGCGCCACGGACGCCUACGCUGCCGCGCAAAACUCGGGAACCGGUUUCAAGCUCUUCCUCUCGCUUGACGUCACGUCCCUCGGCUGCUGGUCCGGCGGCGACGCGUCCAAUCUCGUCAGUAUCGUCCAGCGAUUUGCCAACCACCCAAACCAGGCCAAGCACAACGGCAAGGUCCUCGUCUCCACCUUUGCCGGUUCCGACUGCAACUUCGGUACCGGCUCGGGCUCGGGGGCGUGGCAGAGUAUGUUUGUUGAUGCCUUGAAGAACCAGGGGACAAACAUCUUCUUUGUUCCCUCGAUCUUCUCGGACAUCAGCACAUUCAGCGGCAACUCCUGGAUGGACGGCGAGCUCAACUGGAACUCUGCUUGGCCGAUGGGCAACAAUCAGAUCUCCACCGACACGGACAACCGGUACAUGAACGCUCUCGGCUCCAAAGAGUACAUGGCGGCCGUCUCCCCCUUCUUCUUCACCCACUUUGGCGCCGACCUCUGGAACAAGAACUGGCUGUACCGUGCCGAUGACUGGAUGUACUGCGCCCGGUGGGAGCAGCUCAUCGGGAUGCGCGACCGGGUCAAGCAGGUCGAGAUCCUCACCUGGAACGACUACGGAGAGUCAUCGUACAUCGGUCCCAUCCAGGGCGCCCUGCCCGGCUACUCGGGCAAGUGGGUCGACGGCUUCGACCACCAGGGUCUCGCGCCUCUUACCCAGUACUACUCUACCGCGUACAAAACCGGCCAAUACCCAGCCAUCACCAAGGACACCCUCGUCCUCUGGUCCCGUCCCCACGCGCACGACGCCAACGCCAACGACUACAUUGGCAAGCCGACCGGAUGGGACUGGACUACCGACUACGUCUGGGCCGUCGCCCUCACCACGUCCGAUGCGGUCGUCACCUUGACGUCGGGGUCCAAUACCCAGACCUUCAACGUCAAGGCCGGUCUCAACAAGCUCAAGAUUGCCAACUCCCCAGGCGGUAUGAGCGGGAAGAUUACGAGGAAUGGAGGAGAUGUUGCCAGUGCCAGCAUCAACGGCCAGUACACUACAUCACCUUCAUCGUACAACUACAACUACUACGUCGGGUCGAGCUAG